AUGCAGCACACACCACAAUCCCAUGGCGACCAGCCCAUUGAGCCGCUGCUACAUGCCGGAACACUCUUCAUUGAUGCAAACGCGGUAGUGGCGGAUGUUGCUGUGGUAGUCAGAGGGCAAUGUCGAUGCAGCGGUAAUAACAGAACUUGCUGUGUACGCGAGCCCGAGCCCGAUAACACGAAAACGCUGGAUGAGAGGAGACAGGCUCAUCAAGAAGAUGAUGGAGAAAGAGGACGAAAGACUGGCGAGAAGGACGCUAAGGAGCAAACAGAGAGCAAAACUCACCAGUGCUCUCCUAGCAACUCAUUGCCACUAGUCCCCUCCUCCGCUGUUCUCCCAUACCCACUCACGUUAUUUGUGGCUCUUACUGAUGUGGAUCUCGAUACAAGGGCGGCAGCGCAGUACAGCGAGGUUCAAACCGCGUCUUACUUCAGACACGGACAAUGUGAGAACGCAACCUCUUGGUCCUCAGGCCUCAGGAGCGACUCGACAGUAGAUGGACACUCCUCAAUUAUUACCAAUGAGACGCAGGAUCAGCACAAGGAGCCGAAGUCCACGAUGUGGAAGACUUCAGAGCGUCAAGAGUGCUGA